AUGUCCGCCGAUGAACUAUCGAACCCGUUGACCGAGUCCGGCGUCACGAUCCCGUCAGACAGCGAGCAGUAUUCGGCGCCCGAUUCUACGUCACCACAAUCUCCAUCAUCGUCGUCCUCCCCCGCCGUAAUCCUUUACCAGCCACCAACCGUCUGGUCGCUAUUCCGCAGCGCCGUCAUCAACCUGUUCCUCCCCUUUGUGAACGGAAUGAUGUUGGGAUUCGGAGAGCUCUUUGCCCAUGAAGCUGCGUUUAGGUUGGGAUGGAGCAAUACUAAAGUCUUCCCCGUCAGCAGACGAGAGGCGCAUUCGAUCGGCCCCGGUAUCGAAGUCGUCGAGAGGUCGAGGCGGAGGGUGGACUUGGAUGACCUGACCAGCUUGGAGUGA